AAACCUAGGAAGAAACCUAGAGGAACCAGGCUAUGUGGGGUGGCCAGUCCUCUUCUGGCUGUGCCGGGUGGAGAUUAUAACAGAACAUGGCCAAGAUGUUCAAAUGUUCAUAAAUGACCAGCAUGGUCGAAUAAUAACAAGGCAGAACAGUUGAAACUGGAGCAGCAGCAUGGCCAGGUGGACUGGGGACAGCAAGGAGUCAUCAUGUCAGGUAGUCCUGGGGCAUGGUCCUAGGGCUCAGGUCCUCCGAGAGAGAGAAAGAAAGAAGGAGAGAAUUAGAGAACGCACACUUAGAUUCACACAGGACACCGAAUAGGACAGGAGAAGUACUCCAGAUAUAACAAACUGACCCUAGCCCCCCGACACAAACUACUGCAGCAUAAAUACUGGAGGCUGAGACAGGAGGGGACAGGAGACACUGUGGCCCCAUCCGAGGACACCCCCAGACAGGGCCAAACAGGAAGGAUAUAACCCCACCCACUUUGCCAAAGCACAGCCCCCACACAACCUUUCGGUUACUAGUCCAAUGCUCUAACCACUAGGCUACCCUGCCGCCCCGUAUGAUGUUGACAUGAUUGGUCCAAUCAAAGCUACGGUAGAUAUAACGUGAUUUGACGUCAUUUUAUCUUUGGCCAAUGACCAUGAGACUUCUUGGAAGGGCACUUCCAAUGUAAGUCUACGGCAGCACCCAAGGGGCUUAAAUUCCAAGCUCUACCUGUAGAUUUUGUGGUGAUGUAGUGUCCCCAUCAGUGACAGAACACUGAGCCAAUCACGGCGCAACUAGAGAACAUUACCAACCCCAAUGCUCUUUAUUUUCCGCUGGCUGCCCCACCACCACAGAAUACGCUGGACUAGGCUGAAAAAAACAUGCAUUUUGAUGCUGUCUUACUCAAGAAAGCAAAACAGAGAACAUGUUUGUAUGCGGCUGUCACGCCCUGGUCGAAGUAUUUUGUGUUUUUCUUCAUGUAUUUGGUCAGGCCAGGGUGUGACAUGGGUUUUUGUAUGUGGUGUGUAGCUUAGUGGGAUUGUAGCUUAGUGGGGUGUUCUAGGAAAGUCUAUGGCUGUCUGAAGUGGUUCUCAAUCAGAGACAGGUGUUUAUCGUUGUCUCUGAUUGGGAACCAUAUUUAGGCAGCCAUAUUCUUUGGUUGUAUUGUGGGUGAUUGUCCUGAGUGUUUUGAUGUCCUUGUGCUGUGUUAGUUGACACAAGUAUAGGCUGUUUUCGUUUCGUUUAUUGUUUUGUAGUGUUUGUGUUUAUUCAUGUUUACGUUGUUUGAUUAAACAUGGAUCGCAAUAUACACGCUGCAGUUUGGUCCGACUCUCCUUCACUAUAUGUAAACCGUGACAGAAUCACCCACCGUAAACGGACCAAGCAGCGUGUCAACAGGCAGGAGCAGCCCAAAGAGGAGCUGCGUAUUAAGGAUUUCUGGACAUGGGAGGAAAUCCUUGACGGGAGAGGACCCUGGGCUAAACCAGGGGAGUGUAGCCGCCCAAAGGUGCAGCAGGAGAAGAGGAAACAGGAGCAGCCCAAAGAGGAGUACAGUGUGGACUAUACUUCUUGGGAUGAGAUAGACAGGUGGGUGGUCGACCCAGGGAGAGUGCCGGAGCCCGCCUGGGAUUCGAUGGAGCAGUGCGCGGAAGGUUACAGGAGAAUGAGUUUGGCGAAGCAAGCACGACCGGGAAUCAGCCCCAAAAAUGUAUUGGGGGGGGGGCUUACAGGGAGUAUGGCAACACCAGGUAGGAGACCUGCGCAAACUCCAUGUGCUUACCGGGGGGCUAGAGAGACCGGGCAGGCACCGUGUUAUGCAGUGGUGCGCACGGUGUCCCCAGUGCGGGCGGUAUAUUCCAGCUCCGUGUAUCGGCCGGGCUAGAUUGAGCAUCGAGCCAAAUGCCAUGAAGCAGGCUCUACGCAUCUGGUCCCCAGUGCGUCUCCUUGGGCCGGCUUACAUGGCACCAGCCUUGCGCUCGGUGUCUCCGGUUCGCCUACAUAGCCCAGUACGGGCUAUUCCACCUCGCCGCACUGGCAGGGCGACCGUGAGUAUUCAACCAGGUAAGGUUGGGCAGGCUCGGUGCUCAAGAGCUCCAGUGCGCCUGCACGGUCCGGUCUAUCCAGUACCACCUCCACACCACAGCCCUCCGGUAGCAGCUCCCCGCACCAGGCUUCCUGUGCGUGUCCUCGGUUCAGUACCACCAGUGCCAGCACCACGCAUCAGGCCUAUAGUGCGCCUCGCCGCUCCUGUGCUGCCGGAGUCUCCCGCCUGUCCAGCGCCACUGCCGGAGUCUCCCGCCUGUCCGGCGCCACUGCCGGAGUCUCCCGCCUGUCCGGCGCCGCUGCCGGAGUCUCCCGCCUGUCCGGCGCCGCUGCCGGAGUCUCCCGCCUGUCCGGCGCCAGAGCCCCUCAGCCCAGAGCUUCCCCUCACUCCCGAGCUUCCCCUCAGUCCCGAGCUUCCCCUCAGUCCCGAGCUUCCCCUCAGUCCCGAGCUUCCCCUCAGUCCCGAUCUGCUCCUCAGUCUAGUGGGGUUCUGGGUGAGGAAUACUAGGCCAUGGUUGGCGGCGAGUGUGGACUAUCUAGGGACGCAAGGAGAGGGGACUAAGACAUUGACUGAGUGGGGUCCACGUCCCGCGCCGGAGCCGCCACCAUGGACGGACGCCCACCCGGACCCUCCCUAUUGAUUUGAGGUGCGUUCGGGAGUCCGCACCUUAGGGGGGGGGGGGUUCUGUCACGCCCUGGUCGAAGUAUUUUGUGUUUUUCUUCAUGUAUUUGGUCAGGCCAGGGUGUGACGUGGGUUUUUGUAUGUGGUGUGUAGCUUAGUGGGAUUGUAGCUUAGUGGGGUGUUCUAGGAAAGUCUAUGGCUGUCUGAAGUGGUUCUCAAUCAGAGACAGGUGUUUAUCGUUGUCUCUGAUUGGGAACCAUAUUUAGGCAGCCAUAUUCUUUGGUUGUAUUGUGGGUGAUUGUCCUGAGUGUUUUGAUGUCCUUGUGCUGUGUUAGUUGACACAAGUAUAGGCUGUUUUCGGUUUUCGUUUCGUUUAUUGUUUUGUAGUGUUUGUGUUUAUUCGUGUUUACGUUGUUUGAUUUAACAUGGAUCGCAAUAUACACGCUGCAGUUUGGUCCGACUCUCCUUCACCAUAUGAAAACCGUGACAGCGGCUUUAUUAACUCAUAAAAAAAUAAGUAAUUACAUUGGUAUGUGACACGUAUUAAUGCCAAAAUAACAUGCAAAACAGAAAGAAAAAUAUAUAUAUAUACAGUUGAAGUCGGAAGUUUAAAUAAAAUCUAAUUGAUUUAUAUAGCCCUUCUUACAUCAGCUGAUAUAUCAAAGUUGCUGUACAGAAACCCAGCCUAAAACAGGUCAAGUUUACAUACACUUAGGUUGGAGUCAUUGAAACUCAUUUUUCAACCACUCCACAAAUUUGGCAAACUGGUUAAGACAUCUACUUUGUUCAUGACACAAGUCAUUUUUCCAGCAAUUGUUUACAGACAGAUUAUUUCACUUAUAAUUCACUAUCACAAUUCCAGUGGGUCAGAAGUUACAUACGCUAAGUUGACUGUGCCUUUAAAUAGCUUGGAAAAUUCUCAUAGGCUAUUUGACAACAUUUGAGUCAAUUGGAGGUAUACCUGUGGAUAUAUUUCAAGGUCUACCUUCAAACUCAGUGCCUCUGCUUGACAUGAUGGGAAAAUCAAAAGAAAUCAGCCAAGACAUCAGAAAUAAAUGGUAGACUUGGGAGCAAUUUCCAAACGCCUGAAGGCACCACUUUCAUCUGUACAAACAAUAGUACACAAGUAUAAACACCAUGGGACCACGCAGCCAUCAUACUGCUCAGGAAGGUGAUGCGUUCUAGCUCUUUUCAUACUUUGGUGCGAAAAGUGCAAAUCAAUGUGAAGAUGCUGGAGGAAACAGGUAUAAAAUAUCUAUAUCCACAGUAAAAUGAGUUCUAUAUCGACAUAACCUGAAAAGCCGCUCAGGAAGGAAGAAGCCACUGCUCCAAAACCGCCAUAAAAAAGCCAGACUACGGUUUGCAACUGCACAUGGGGACAAAGAUCGUACUUUUUGGAGAAAUGUCCUCUGGUCUGAUGAAACAAAAAUAGAACUAUUUGGCCAUAAUGACCAUCGUUAUGUUUGGAAGAAAAAUGGGGAUGCUUGCACCAUCCCAACCGUGAAGCACGGGGGUGGCAGCAUCAUGUUGAGGGGGUGCUUUGCUGCAGGAGGGACUGGUGCACUUCACAAAAUAGAUGGCAUCAUGAGGCAGGAAGAUUAUGUGGAUAUAUUGAAGCAACGUCUCAAGACAUCAGUCAGGUUAAAGUUAAAGCUUGGUCGCAAAUGGGUAUUCCAAAUGGACAAUGACCCCAAGCAUAUUACCAAAGUUGUGGCAAAAUGGCUUAAGGACAACAAAGUCAAGGUAUUGAAGUGGCCAUCACAAUGCCCUGACUUCAAUCCCUUUGAAAAUAUGUGGGCAGAACUGAAUAAGCACAUACGAGCAAGGAGGCCUAGAAACCUGACUCAGUUACACCAGCUCUGUCAGGAGGAAUGGGCCAAAAUUCACCCAACUUAUUGUGGGGAGCUUGUGGAAGGCUACCUGAAACGUUUGACCUAAGUUAAACAAUUUAAAGGCAAUGCUACCAAAUACUAAUUGAGUGUUUGUAAACUCCUGACCCACUGGGAAUGUGAUGAAAUAAAUAAAAGCUGAAAUAAAUAAUUGUCUCUACUAUUAUUCUGACAUUUCAUAUUCUUAAAAUAAAGUGGUUAUCCUAACUGACCUAAGACGGAGAAUAAUUUUUACUCGAAUUAAAUGUCAGGAAUUGUGAAAAACUGAGUUUAAUUGUAUUUGGCUUAGGUGUAUGUAAACUUCUGACUUCAACUGUAUUUUUUACUAAAUGCAGCCCACUGCUGCAUUGGCCUGUAGGCUAUCUCUGAGUUCUAUGCUCUCAUUUCUUUAGUCACUAAU